CCCGUUUUCUGCGUUGUUUGACUUGCGUUGCUGAAUUUUCCGGCAUGAUGUUUUCAAAAGUUAUGCAGUGUCUCUACAUAUACCGCGUAGUCUCGCGAGGGACUUAGAAAUGUCCCGCAUGAUAGAUUAGAUGAAUUUCCUUAUAUCCUUAUGUACUCGACGAACUCGUUAUGUGUUAUGUAUGUGUGCCGUGCGUAUUCCACGUUAUGUGGUUAUGCGUGUGGUGUGUGUUAUGUGUGUUGUGUGUGUGAUGUUCGUUGCGUUCGUUUGGUUUUUUCGUGUUUUGUUUGUUUUCUGUUUCUGUCUGGCGUUUGUCUUUGGUUUGUUCUUUUUUCUUUCUUUCUUUCUUUUCUUUGGGAUUUGGAUUUGGAUUUGGAUAUGAUUUGGAUAUGAUUUGGGAUUGGGAUGGGAAUAUACCACAUGGCGUUACAAAGGGGUUUGGGAAGGCGAUUGGAUACGGAUGCCUGGAAGGCCUUCACUUGAUACCCCCAC